AGAGAGGCAGGACAACCAUAUGGCAGAUAUAAAUACUGGAACGCAAUAACGUUCAUAGCAUUCUGCACUGUCUCGCUGCAGAAUCCGAACAACGAUGGAGAUUCUUCGUGCUUUUCUGCUUGUUACCUUCCUGUGUCUGGCCACGGGAUACCCUCGGCCUGGCGGAGGAGGGGGGUACGGGGGGUACGGGGGCUCGUACAGUUACCCAGUCAGUCGUCCGGUCGUGACGAAGGUGGUCCGGCCAGUCGUGACGGUGAGGAGGGUCGUGACUCCGGUCGUCACUAAGGUCGUGACGGUGAAGAAGGUCGUUUCCCCCGUGGGAGUCAGCGGGGGACACCACGGGGGAGGGGGAUAUUCGUCCGGUGGCUACGGCGGUGGUGGAUUCUCGUCGGGUGGACACGGAGGUGGAUUUUCGUCGGGUGGAUUCGGCGGGAGUGGAUUCUCGUCGGGUGGACACGGAGGUGGAUUCGGCGGUGGUGGAUUCUCUUCGGGUGGAUACGGCGGGAACACCGGUGGCUUUUCGACCGGAGGCGGACACGGCGGUGGAUUUGCUGUGGGUGGAGGUUUCAGCGGAAGCGGCUUCGUGUCGGGUGGAUUCGGGAGCAGCGGAGGUGGAGGAGGCUACGGCCACAACAGCUGGUAAAUAAUUGCGAAGAGGAAAGCGUAAAGAGAAGAGCAAGAAGUGAAACAAACAAACAAAAAAUAGCAGCGGCAUUAGAAACAUAAAACACAUACAAACAAGCACAAAGACAAACAUACAAAGAAACACAACCCGAACAUGCACAAAAAAAAGAUAUAAACAAAAAUCACGCUAUCGAAACAGUACCACAAUAUAGACACCAGAACAAGAGGCUUUGUAUAUACAACUAUCGUUUUGGAUUUUGUGUGUCUUAAGGCAUACUAAAAUCAUACAAACGCAACCGUAAUGUUCCAUAUGCAAGUAAAAGAAAACUGCUUUAUGUAAUUCAUACAGUGCUGUAUGGUUCCCUGUUUUUGUCAUCAUCAAAUGUUUACAGUUUCUUCAUGUUCAAGAGAAAUAGUUCAAUAAAAAUACCUCAUUAGGUUACUUCAAU